UCCCAGCCCUUCCCGGAAGGGCGGCCCCUUCCGAGCCCUGCCUUCCCGGCGUGGCGGCGGCAGCAUGCAGCGCUCGGAGGCCUACGGCUUCUCCGCGGUCAUGAGCGGCGCGUUCUUGCUGUCGUGCCUGCUGUUCGCGGCCGUCAAUCGCGGCCAGCGCGGGCCCUACAUGGACGAAGCCUUCCACGUCCCUCAGGCACAGGCCUACUGCCAGGGCCGCUUCCUGCAGUGGGACCCUAUGAUCACCACACUGCCGGGCUUGUACCUGGUGUCGGUGGGAAUAGUGAAGCCUGUGGCAUGGCUCUGUGGAUGGACGGGAAGCGUGGUGUGCUCUACAGGGAUGCUCAGGUUUAUUAACCUGCUUUUCAGUGCUGGCAACUUCUAUUUAUUGUAUUUACUUCUGUCCAAGAUCCAUCAGAAGAAUAAGGCUGUGUCUGGCUUCCAGAGAAUCUUGUCUACAUUAACACUUGCAAUGUUUCCCACCCUUUACUUUUUUACAUUCCUUUAUUAUACGGACCCAGGAUCAGUAUUUUUCACACUUUUUGCCUAUUUAAUGUGCCUUUAUGGUAACCAUAAAACUUCAGCUCUCCUUGGAUUUUGUGGCUUCAUGUUUCGUCAGACAAAUAUUGUGUGGACAGUUUUUUGUGCUGGAAAUAUUGUUGCAGAGAAGCUAAAUGAAGCCUGGAAGACAGAGUUACAGAAAAAGAAAGAUGAAAAGAUUUCUUUCAGGAAAGGAUCAUUUUCAGAUUUGAUGAGAAUAUUGCAGUUUCUUAUCAAAUAUCUCACAUCACCUAAAAACUUAGUUGCACUUACUGCUUUAACUUGGCCAUACAUCAUAUUAGUGACAGGGUUCUUUGUCUUUGUCUUCAUCAAUGGUGGAAUAGUUGUGGGUGACAGAAGUAGCCACGAAGCCUGUUUGCACUUCCCUCAGCUGUUCUAUUUUCUGUCCUUUACUGUCUUUUUUUCAUUCCCUCAUUUACUGACCCCUUUUAAAAUCAAGAAAUUCCUUCUGUCAUUACGAAAGCACCCUGUGCAGUACAGCUUAAUCACUGCCAUCUCUUUAUUCCUGAUCUGGAAAUUUACCUAUGUUCAUAAGUAUUUACUAGCAGAUAACAGACAUUAUACAUUUUAUGUCUGGAGAAAAGUCUUCCAAAGACAUGAUCUCGUAAAAUAUGUAUUGGUUCCAGUCUAUAUAUUUUCUUGCUGGAGUUUUGCUGAUACACUAAAAUCAAAACCAAUAUUCUGGAUCUUAAUGUAUUUUGUAUGUUUACUAGCAGUCACAGUUCCUCAAAAAUUGCUGGAAUUUCGUUACUUUAUUUUGCCAUUUUUAAUAUACAGACUCAAUAUUCCAUUUCCAUCCCUAUAUAGACAGCUUCUGGAGCUGGCUUUUUAUGUUGCUGUGAAUGCCAUAACUUUAUAUGUUUUUCUGAACAAAACAUUCCAGUGGCCAAAUAGUGAUGAAAUCCAGAGGUUUAUGUGGUGACCUUUCCCAGUAUGUUUUGCAUUAUGUGAAGACUUUUCCCCCCAGUUGGAAUCGGGGAAGUAAGCUAUUCGCUUAUAUUGUUGCAACUGAAUGUGAGAUCUGAUAUGUUGUCAUGUGAAGGUAUUCCAUAUAUUGAAUUUAUGAGAUGGAAUUAAAACAUUCAAUAUGAAGGGGAAUUUGUGCACAUCUUUCUGUAGUUUAUGUGAAGAGAGAUGUUCACAGUGAUUUUUCAUUAUAAUAAAAUACUAUAGAACAGUAUAUAUGAGGAUAUGACAAUUUGUAAGUAUGUUUCAGAGGCUUCUCUUAUAAAACAAAGUAUUUUGGUGUUUAACAUUUUUGUUACCUCUGCAUAUUUGCUGCUUGGAUCAGGCCGUUUCCAUCUAGGUUUGCUGGCAGGCAAGGUAUGAACCACUGCUAAAGUAUGUUUUCACAACUUCCUACAUGCCACUGAAUUGUCAUGAUUUCUUUUGUCAAUAAAUGCUUACAUUGGUUUUGCAAGCAGAAUGUAGGCUCUUAAAUCAUUAAAGCAGUUUGAAAAUUUUAUUUCAAACUGAUAUUUAGAAAAUACAGUGGAGGCUGUGUGCAUGUACCUUCUUUGGGGGAAUAAAUGUUAUUAUGCAACAAAAGAUAAAUUGCAGUUCAUAAUGUGACCUAUUAGGAGGGAAGUAAUUUAUAUAUGUGAGACUCAAAUGUGUCGUUACACAGUGGAAUGCAGUCUAAUGAAUACCUUUUAAAUAAUCAGGCUUUUACGUCCUGAGGUUCUGUGUUCACAGGUUUGUACUGAUGUAGGAUCUGAGUGCACUCCCCAGUUGAACUGAGUGUUUGUAAGAUCUUUGACAUGUAAUCUUAAAGAAGUACUAAUGGCAUUACUGAAUUGUUCUUUUAAAUGGUUUUCAUAUAUAUAUACAGAUCUAAUGGAACUAGGGAAUAUGUAUUUUAUAUUACAAAGGUAAAAUACAAUGUGUAUGUGUAUAUAUUUUUUUAAAAGCAUCUA